AUGGAGAUAAUCGAAUUCCAGGAAGACAUGAGCUUAAAGGAAAAAUUUACUCAAGUCACCAACACUUUACAGUACGAUCAAUUCUGGAUGAAAUACGUUUGUUCAAGUAAAUACCCAGAACUAAAACGCCUGGUUUUAAAACUGUGUACAAUGUUUGGAUCAACAUAUGUUUGUGAAGCAGCUUUUUCUAAGAUGAACUUUAUUAAAAACAAUUUCAGAUCUCGGUUAACAGAUGAACAUCUUAACGAGUUAAUGCAAAUCAGUUGCACUAACUUCACUCCAAAUAUUAGGAAGCUCCUGAAAACUAAAAAAUGUAAUUUUUCACAUUAA